AUGAAGUUCCUCAAUCUGUUCCUCGGCGCUGCUGCUGCUGGUUCGGCUCUGGCUGCGCCCUCCGCAACCAAGACAACCAAGACGACAAAGCGUGCCGGCAAGUUUCAACAUGUCGGUGUCAACGAGUCGGGUGCCGAGUUUGGCCAGACGUCGCUGCCGGGCCAGUACAACAAGGACUAUACUUGGCCGGCUGAGGCCACCAUUGAUACGCUCGUGUCGCAAGGUUUCAACACCUUCCGCAUCCCUUUCUCGAUGGAGCGUCUCGUCCCCACUGAACUGACCGGGGCCGUCAAUGAAACCUACUCCGAGGGCCUGACUGGUAUCGUGUCGUACAUUACCGGCAAGGGCGCCUACGCGAUUGUGGACCCGCACAACUUUGGCCGGUACUAUGACAACAUCAUCACCGAUGUCGACGGCUUCAAGGCGUGGUGGACCACGACGGCGACCAUCUUUGCCGACAACGAGCUGGUCAUCUUUGACACCAACAACGAGUACCACGACAUGGACAACGACCUCGUGUUCCAGCUCAACCAGGGUGCCAUUGACGCCAUCCGCGGUGCGGGAGCCACUUCCCAGCUGAUCUUUGUCGAGGGUAACUCGUACACCGGUGCCUGGACCUGGAUCGACUCCGGCAACGGCGAGACCCUCCUCCCUCUCUCGGACCCCCAGGACAAGCUCGUCUACGAGAUGCACCAGUACCUCGACACCGACGGCUCAGGCACCCACGAGGAGUGCGUGUCGUCGACGAUCGGCCAGGAGCGCAUCCAGGCCGCGACGCAGUGGCUCAAGGACAACGGCAAGCUAGGUAUCAUCGGCGAGUUUGCGGGCGGCGCUAACUCCCAGUGCAUUGACGCUAUCACGGGCAUGCUUUCGUACAUGUCGGAUAACUCGGACGUCUGGACUGGCUGGCUUUGGUGGGGUGGUGGUCCGUGGUGGGGUGAUUACAUGUACUCGAUGGAACCUCCCAGCGGUGUUGCAUACACUGGGGUUUUGCCGAGCAUCUUGCCCUACCUCUAG